UAUCAAAUGAUGAUAAAAUUAUAGUUACUGCUAGAAUUAAGUAGGCGCUAGGCCUAUUGAAAAAAGAUGAUGACAAAUGAAAAUAAGAAAUAUCGGUUAAUGUCACGACUUUAGGUCUCACAUUUGACAGACGCUUUACCAUGGGAAAUUUGUCCAUGUUUAUUCACAGGGAGACUGAACGUUAUAUGGUUCAAUCUCUACCUCCAGACAUUGCCCCACUUUCUCCUGAAGUUGUGGAACUUGGGCAGGCUGACAAGGACUUUGGUCGCCUGUUCCCACCUCCUGAAUUUGCCAUGCCUUCCGAUACCCUUUCUGAGGAUUCAGUUCGGCCUUCCACGGUUUUUUCGGACAUUAUUUCUCAGACACUGCUAAUAACACAGCCCAGUCACCACCUUAGUCUUUCUCUGGUGCCAGCGAUGAAUGUGAAACUUGUGAGGUUGACACUAUUGGGUCAUAUUUCUGUGGUGAUGACAUUGACAAUAUGCAAACCAGUUUACUUGAGCCUCAAACUGCUUCAAGCACUAACAACUCCAUUUUUCCUGGGCCAUCAUCAUCACCCUGCACUACAGCAAUUAUAG